AUGCAUUGUUCAAGUCUAACACUUAUUGGAAAACGCGAUGUGCAACAGUCAGAGAUUAUCACUGAACAAACGUUUAUCAUGGACCCGGUUGCGCCAGAUUUUAACUCGGGCAAUGCUACAAUAAUGUCAUCAGCAAACAACAUAACCCUUCGUUCAUUAAAACCUGAAAAAGCUAUUCAAGAUACUUUUCACGUAUCUUACGUUCAACUCGAUCCGCUCAAGUACUUUCCAAAUCUCAAUGUUCACGAUAUUACUGACCAACGAUUCAUAGAAAUCUAUUUGGGUAAUUUGAAACCAGGUCGCGAUUACAACGUUUCAAUCACAUCGCUCAUUGCUGGCAUUGAAAGCAAACCAUGGACGGGUCUUCUAACAACAAAGCCACUUCCACCGGAAAAUUUAACUGUGACGGAAGUGAAUAUUAAUGGGGCGAGUUGCGUGAAGAUAACUUGGAACGCAUCUCGUAAAUCAGGUGUUGAUCAUUUCGCGAUUAGUUAUGGCCCUCAAGAUGUGGAUGCUCCAACGAAUAAGAUAACCGUUCAAUCGUCUCAGACAAACGUAGAUUUGUGCACACAUCUGCAUUCUGGUUUGACGUAUAAAUUUUCGAUUGUUGCUUAUCGGCAUAACCAACGGUCACAAUCAACUGUACUCUACUAUACGCUCAGACCAAAAGCACCUCAAAAUUUAGGAAUUUUAGUGGACUUUGAUAAGCGAAAAUUUAGAUGUUCGUUCUUGAUUGAUUUGCACCCAGGAAGACGUUAUGAGAUCUCUGCGGUAACGAUUAGUGGUGGCGUUAAGAGCAAGAAAGCUUCGAAUAAUUUUGCUUUACCGCCAGCAUUUGAUAUGAGAUUAUUUGGCCUUAAUCUACGAGAAGAAAAUGGGGAUGUGAAACUGGAAUGGCCAGAAGAUGAGAUGAGACGAAGAAGAUUGAAUGAUAUCUGGCGGAAUUUAGUUGGUAACGAUAGUAGUUUGCAUAUGCGGGUAGAUCCGUUGAGUGCAAGCGCAAUCAGUGAACAGUCGAAGCAGUUCGAAAGUAAACCGAGUGAUGAUGAACCUAUAGUGAUACGUAACUUGAGAAAAGGCUCUUGUUAUAAGAUUCAAAUCUAUACGGUCACGAAAUCGGGCAUUGUUUCAUCGGAACGCUUUGAAGAGUUGUUCCGCAUGAGUGCGCCAGCCGUGAAUGUGACCAGAGAAGAGAUCUUGAAAACGAGUGCUGUAUUUCGUGUUCAUUUGUACGAUGGGGUGAAUGUUGAUAGAGAUGAAUGUUCACUCAAUAUUAUGGUUAUGUGCGGUAAACCGUCGAUGUCGAAGCAGCGUUCUUGUGCAGUCAAAGUUCGAUCAAUGGAACAGAUUACAUUCGAAACGAAGCAAGAUCGUCCAGGUCCAGUUCAAAACUUAACCGUUCAAGCACUAAACCCAUACAGCGUAAAACUGUCCUGGUUUCCGCCUGUGCUUGCAAAUGGUCUUAUCACUCAGUAUACAGUUGAAGUUUAUGCAAUGGACGGCGGAGUGGAGAGUAUUGAUUGGUGGUUGAACGUGAAUGCUGACGGCUUAUCAAAACAGGAUAAUGAUCAUCGAAUUGAUGUUGUAGUCGAUAGUCUUAUCGGUGGACUGCAAUACCGAUUCGAUGUGCGUGCAGUGACCGAAGCUGGUCAAGGCGAUUCUACUGCUGCGUCACACAUCAGAAUGCCUUUAUUAGCACCACCACGACCAAACGUUCGAGUCGAAGUUCUUCGUAAUACGAUUCACAGUAACGAUGUGGCUGUACGAUAUAGUACGGCAAUGUUUAGCACAAAACAUGGAUUAUUAAGCAAGCAUGCGCUGAUCGUUUGCGAAGUGGCUAAUGAUGGACGACUGAAUGAAAAUUGGAUUGUUGAGGAUGGAAAUCGAUCAGUUAGGACAUGGGCACAAGUUCAACGAUUCGACGUAUGGCCACCGUACGUUGCUUUGGAGUCACCGAUUGAACCAGCCAACAAAUUCGUUCCAACUAAAUUUAUUUCAGAGAUGAUUGGAGUGGAUAAGAGAUGUAAAAAUAUGCCGAUUGAGACCGUCUGCAAUGGACCACUAAAGGCAGCCACUAAGUAUCGCUUCAAGUUGCGUAUUUAUACGUCGUCUAACCUGUGGACUGAUAGCGACUUUUCGGAAAUCGUUAUCACAGAAUCAGCGCAUUCGGUGACAGCUGUUGGAGGUAUUCUGAUUGCUUUACUUCUACUCUUCAUUCCAUCACUCUUCAUAGCGGUCAUCAUUUUCGCCUGGAACAAGCAUAAAAAAUUGUGUGGCGCAACAUACGGAAGUGCAGUAUCGUCGAAGGAGUCGCAGUGGGCUGCGCUCAAGAUGAUGAUGGCCGAAAGAGCGGCCGAUUGUCUCGCCAAACUCGGUCUAGAUUCAGAACACGAUGCAAGCAGUUGUGCGAAUGAAACAACUGCAAAUGCAAGUGCAUCGUUCGGACACCAUCGCAGAUCUCGAAGUUUACGCGAACGUACUGGUGUCGAUCAACGCUUGGAACGCCUUCCAAGCGGUCCACCACCAAACCAAAAAUCAUUCCUUUCAACGAUCGUUCCCGGAGCGAACACCAAUAAAAGUCGACCUGUACGAGUGUGUGAUUUUGUUGAACACGUUCGGCUGAUGUCCGCCGAUUCGGAUUUUCGAUUCUCAGAAGAAUAUGAUGAUUUAAAAUCGGUUGGAAACGGUCAAACGUGCAUUGCGGCUGAUUUGACUGUGAAUCGUGCAAAGAAUCGCUUUACCAAUGUUUUACCGUAUGAUCAUUCGAGAGUCAAACUGCUGUCACUUGACGACGAAGAUGGUUCGGACUAUGUGAAUGCCUCAUACAUUCCGGGCUUUAAUUCUCGUCGUGAAUUUAUCGCUGCACAAGGACCACUGCCCUCAACACGUGAUCAUUUUUGGCGUCUCGUUUGGGAACAACAGUGUCCAGCGAUCGUUGCAUUAACGAAGUGUGUUGAAAAAGGUCGUGAUAAAUGUCAUCAGUACUGGCCUGAUAAUGACCAACUUAGUGUUGUUCAUGCUGAUAUCGAGGUGACGUUAAUGAACGAGACGGUUUAUGAUGAGUUUAUCUUGCGUGAAGUUCGUCUAACGAAUCUCAGUCAGUCAUCUUCAUUAUCAAGAACCGUACGACACUUUCAUUACAUGGCAUGGCCAGAUUUCGGUGUUCCUGAACGUGCUUCGGGCAUUGUGCAAUUCGUUCGUCUCUUCAGGCAAAAGUUACCUCCCUCAACUUGUAAUAAACCAACAAUUGUGCACUGCAGUGCGGGUGUUGGUCGAAGUGGAACAUUCAUAGCACUCGAUCAUUUGAUGCAAUCAAUAGCUCAUGAUCGACCUCUAGAUGUGUUUGGAAUUGUCUACGAUAUGCGAAUGGAACGGUGUCAUAUGGUGCAAAAUGAGGUACGAACGUGCAUUCUGUUACUUCAACAGUUUUAUAUCAUUGAUCCAAUGAAGCUAAAACCAAACUUUCAUUUGCAGCAGCAAUAUAUCUUCAUCCAUCAGUGUCUUGAAUACGUUCUUCAAAACGAUGCAACCAAUACCGUCAAGUCAAGUCCAUCAGUACCCUCACCAAAUGUCAAUGCUGCUGCAAUAUUCCGUAGUACCAACUCAAGCAGUUCUACGAAUAAUAGUAAUAAUAGCAGUGCUAAUGCUAACAAUAAUAAAAUACCAAAUCGACGUUCUGUUUCAUCUGGUCACAGCAGUAUUAGCACUACAAAUAUGACCAUUAAUUAUGUAAAGAUUGUUGAAGAAGAAGAAGUUCCUGCUGCUUCAAUAUUGACGAGGAAACCACGAAUAGAGGUGCAUAAAAAUGCAGCAUUUGAAGACGAUGAAGGAAUUGCUGAAUCUGGCUUAUAA